AUGACUCGAAACCCAGAGAGCCGACGAGCUAGAGAACUUGCUGCGUUGCCUGGCGUGGAGCUGUUCAAAGGCUCAUUUGCCAACGAAGUUGAUCUUACGAAUGGAUUCAAGGGCUGCGAUGGUGCUUACGUCAACAUUGACGGUUUCAAUUGCGGCGAAAAAGCGGAAAUCUUCUGGGGCAUGCGUGCUUAUGAAAUAGCCCUAGAUGCUGGUAUAAAAUUUUAUGUCUGGGGAAACCUUGACUACACUUUGAAAAAGGCCAACUGGGAUCCCAAAUUCCGCUGUGGACACUACGAUGGCAAGGGCAGAGUUGGGGAAUGGAUCUUGCAGCAACAGACCUCAAAGAUGGGUGUUGCUCUUUUUACAACUGGUCCGUACAUUGACAUGACUCUUGCACCUCUUACAAUCAUGACCCCGAGAGUCAUUGAAGGUGUCGUGACGUGGGCAGUUCCAUUGGGUCUCGGGGAAGUUGCCCACGUAGCUCUUUCGGAUUGCGGCAUUUACGCUCGAUGGUUAUUCGAUAACCCAGGCCGCGCCAAUGGCCUUGACCUCGAAGUAGCCAUUUCUCACAUCUCAUACAAAGAGUUGGCUGCAGCCUUCACAAAGGUGACCGGAAGACCAGCGCAAUACAUUGACGUACCCUUUGGAAAUAUUUGGACAAAACUCAAAUUUGGCCUCCAAUUUUCUACCUCAAGGCCCUCUGCAUAUAAUAGCGACCCCACCGACCCAAGUGUAAUGACUUUUGAACAGAACUUUACUGGCUUCUGGCACAUUUGGAGAGAAACUCAAGGCAACAAUGGUGUUAUUACAAGAAAUUACAAACUUCUUGACGAAAUUCACCCUAAUCGGAUCAGGAGCGCAGAAGAGUGGUUUAGGAAAGAGGCAGAACGGGGGGAUUUGUGGGAGAGAGUACAUAAUAUGGCUCCAAUUUUGAAAUGGAGUGAAGAUGGUGCUGCCGGUAGUUUGUAAUUACAGUUUAUUUUCUACCAUCUACUUUAUCGUUACUAUUCAUAUCGUACUCUCAAAGUAUCCUCAUGAUUCAAUGGGGCAGUCAUCGAUAUUCUUUUGCCACAUGAGCUUUACAUAUGGCAGCAAAAAGUCUAACACACAAUCAGCAAAUAUCACAACAGAAAAUGGGUUCAUAAGAAUGCACCUUGUGAGCUAAAGUUACAGUCAAUGUAGCAUUCUACCAUGGCAGCAGUGUAAUUGGCGCCAAGAUAGGUCAAGAUGGACUUCUGGAGACUGUAGCAGAGAAG